GGUACGACAUUGCUAACUACAAGUCGUACCCAUAGACAUAUAUAAAUAAUUAAUAUAUUGUCUAUGCACCAAAAUAUUAAUGUUUAUCUUGGAAAUGAUAGAUAUAGAUAACAGAUUGUAGCCAUGUUCAGUCUUCAAUUUAUGCUCGACGCCUCGACGUUCGACGCCCGUCAGUUGUUAUCUAGUAUCUACACAGUAAUGUCGUACGUCGUAGACCGCAGUUGACAGUAACGGUGAACGUGUAAGAAAUUAAAAUUUUAAAUCUCAACGGUAUUUUUAUCUAUGUUCUCUCUUCUACGAUUAAACUACCAGUUUUCUACUAUUUUCAACAUUGAACAUUCCAACUUGUUUUAAAUUUUUUCAUUCAGCACAAUGGAAUUAUUACAUUUGGCACCGGAGACUACAAACUUUCAUUGUCCAUUUAAUGCAGCUCAUACAAUGCCGCAAAAGACAUUAACCAAGCACUUAACAAAAUGCCCAGAUAAACCACCCAAUUUUAAACAUUGCAUCUACAAUUUAUCACAUGUAAUGCCUGACACAGAAUUGAAGAGUCAUGAAGAAAAUUGCCCAAAUCGAAUAUUAAUUGAUACAGCUAUUUAUGAACCGGAAGAUAUGACGCGUCCAGAUUCGAAUGUAGAAAAUGCACCAUCCAUAAAGUAUGAGGAAUCUUGGGAUGGUUUGGAACAUACGUCUGAAAUUUUGAAGACUAUCAAAACCAAAACAGCAUCAAUGAAAGCAACUCAUAACAUUACAAGAUCAGAACGUAAACAACAUCGUGUCAACUUACACGAAAAUGAUAUUCAUAACGUUGAUAAUAUGAAUAAGAAGAAACAACUGGAUAAGAAAAUGGAUUCAAAACCAUUAUUCAUUGGAAAAAGACCCAAUACAUAAAAAUGAAAAGAUGACAAUUUUAAUACAGUAGACUAAAAAAAAAAAUCACGUUAAUUCAACUAAAUUAAAGAACA